GCCUUAGGGACAGUGUUUGGGGAGGGGCAAUUGUUUCAUUGAGGGGAGGGGGUUUCUUUAGAGUGAGAGACAGAAGGUGCUGAGUUCUGGGUGGUUGAAGGAGGCGGGCUGUGGCGUGUGACGGUAUCAGCUGGGAAGUUGGAACAAGUUAACAGGAGACAACUCCGUGUGUGCGAGAGAGAAUGAAUGAAUGAAUGAAUGAAAAAGAAAGCGGCCUGGAUACAUUGAGACAGGGCAGUCGGGAGCUCUCUCUGACUUCACGGGGAAUUUAUGUGUGUGGACGAGACCUGGAGAGGUUACUGUGGUCUGUUUCAGCCCGAGUUCGAUUGAAUUUCACCAAGUCACAAAGGGUUCGAGUCCUGGAUUCGCUGCUUUCCUUGCACUGCCGCUGUUGGAUUGGAAGGGAAAUCUUAUUACAGUUUUUUUUAAAGCAAAAAUAUUGGUACUGUACCGAACCAGGACGGGAAGUUUGAGGAGAAUCUACAAUGCUGAGUCUGCCCGGGACACUGCACUUUCUCUUACCGCUCCUCAUCGCCUGGACUGAGGGUUCUAGGCUCCGUCUGGAAGACUCUGCGCCCCGGGUCAUUGAGCAUCCUUCUGACCUGAUUGUGUCGAAAGGGGAACCUGCGACGCUGAACUGCAAAGCCGAAGGACGGCCCACCCCCAUCAUUGAAUGGUACAAGGAUGGAGAGCGAGUGGAGACGGACAAGGAUGACCCUCGCUCCCAUCGCAUGCUCCUCCCCAGCGGGUCACUCUUCUUCCUGCGCAUCGUACACGGCCGGAGGAGCAAGCCGGACGAAGGCGUCUACGUGUGUCUGGCCAGGAAUUACCUCGGGGAAGCGGUCAGUCGAAACGCAUCGCUGGAAGUUGCGAUCCUGCGGGAUGAUUUCCGCCAAACACCCAGUGAUGUUGUGGUGGCGGCGGGAGAGCCCGCUGUGAUGGAGUGCCUCCCACCCAGAGGGCAUCCAGAGCCAACCAUCUCCUGGAAGAAAAACAACGUCCUCGUUAAUGACAAGGAUGAGCGGAUCACGAUCCGAGGGGGAAAGCUGAUGAUCUCAAACACUAGAAAAGCUGAUGCUGGUAUGUACGUCUGUGUGGCUACCAACAUGGUGGGCGAAAGGGACAGUGAGCCUGCAGACUUGGUUGUAUUCGAGCGGCCCACCUUCAUCAAGCGUCCAAUAAAUCAAGUGGUCCUGGUCGACGACACGGUGGAUUUUCACUGCGAGGUGCAUGGGGACCCAGUUCCAACCACUCGUUGGCGCAAGGAAGAGGGAGAGCUGCCACGUGGAAGGUUUGAGAUUCAGGCUGACAACAGCCUACGGCUGGCACGGGUUGGCAGUGAGGAUGAAGGAACGUACACCUGUAUUGCAGAAAACAGUGUGGGUAAAGUUGAGUUCUCGGGCACUCUGACUGUUCACGUUGGUCCAUUCAUGCCACCACAGAUCGUCGUGAGACCUCGAGAUCAGAUUGUAGCUCAGGGCCGCUCCGUGAUCUUCCUCUGUGAGACGAAGGGGAACCCUCCGCCCGCUGUCUUUUGGCAAAAAGAGGGAAGCCAGAUCCUGCUUUUUCCCAGCCAGGCUCAGCCUUUGGGGCGUUUCUCUGUCUCUCCAAAAGGCGAACUGACAAUUACCGAUGUGCAGUCAGGUGAUUCUGGAUAUUAUAUGUGUCAGGCAAUCAGCGUUGCUGGCAGCAUCCUAUCCAAGGCCCUCCUGGAAGUGGAAGACGUCUCUUCAGAUUGGAUACCACCUAUCAUCCGCCAAGGCCCCACUAACCAGACAUUCGCCGUUGACUCCACAGCACAGCUUCAGUGUCAUGUGAUUGGGAACCCUCUUCCCAGUGUUCAUUGGUUGAAAGAUGGGCAGAGGAUCCUUGGUAACGACCCUCGCAUUAGCAUGCUGGAUAACGGUACCCUCCAGAUUACUAAUGUACAGGUAACCGAUUCUGGUAUGUACAUCUGUGUCGCCACUGGAUCCAGUGGGGAGACCACAUGGAGCGGGUACCUGGAAGUGCAAGAAAGCGGCAGCCCAACACGCAUCCUGUCAGCAGAACCUGACCUAUUGCCUGGUCCUCCGUCCAAGCCACUGAUCACAGAUGUCACCCGUAAUAGUGUCACCUUGACAUGGCAACCAAGCCAGCACCUUGGAGGCUCAGCAGUCACAUCAUACAUCAUCGAAGCUUUCAGUCAAUCUGCAGGUAGCACAUGGCAGACAGUGGCUGAGUACGUGAAAGGAGAAAAACACACAGUGACUGGUCUGAAUCUCAACACUAUCUACUUGUUCAUCAUACGUGCAGUCAACAUGUAUGGAUUGGGAGAUCCAAGCCCCAUCUCUGAACCUGUCCGAACACAAGAUGUAAGUCCCACAGGACAGGGGGUGGACCAUCGGCAGGUACAGCGGGAGCUUGGGGAGGUGGGAGUGCAGCUGCAGCCUCCUGUCACCUUGACGUCCACAACCAUCCAGGUCACCUGGACAGUUGAUCGCCAGGCCCAGUUUAUUCAGGGUUACCGGGUGAUGUACCGGACCAAGACUAGCGCCUGGCUUGUCCAGGAUGUGAAAUCACCAGCUGAGCGCACGACCAUUCUUGUCGACUUGAAGAAAGGCACCGAGUACGAAAUUAAGAUCCGUCCAUACUUUGAUGAGUUUCAAGGAAUGGACAGCGAGUCUGUCAUCGUACGGACGCCAGAGGAAGCCCCCGCUGCUGCGCCACAAGCUGUUACCGUGGCGACAAUUGGCUUGAGCAAUAGCACCAGUAUCAGUGUGUCCUGGGAGCCACCCCCUGCUGAGGAGCAGAAUGGAAUCAUCCAGGAGUACAGGAUUUGGUGCCUGGGAAAUGAUACCCGUUUCCAUGUCAACAAGUCGAUUGAUGGAACUGUCCAUUCAACAGUGGUGCGGGGGUUGAUAGCCGGUGUGCUGUACCGUGUGGAAGUGGCAGCAGCCACCAGUGCUGGAGUUGGGGUACGAAGCCAACCUGCAACUGUCCUUAUCAAUCCAACUUCAGACCAGGAGCCGGUUCCUGUGGAGGACAAUGAGAAUGUCAGUCUGGCAGAGCAGAUCACAGAUGUAGUCAAACAGCCAGCAUUCAUCGCUGGCAUUGGGGGAGCGUGCUGGGUGAUUUUGAUGGGCUUCAGCGUGUGGCUGUACUGCCGCAGAAAGAAAAGGAAAGAACUCAGUCAUUUCACUGCUUCCUUUGCAUACACGCCAGCAGUAGCUUUUCCACAUGCAGAGACCUCGGGCAUCUCAAGCAGCAGACCAGGAAUGCUAAAUGCAAACGUCACCAACUACCCCUGGCUGGCAGACUCGUGGCCAGCCUCCAACCUGAUAAGGAAUGGGAAUGGAAAGGAACCUACUGCCAGCUCCUGUGUGGCAAAGCAUGAAGCUACAGAGCGCUUCUACAAUGAUGCUGGCAUUUCCAACUAUAUUGCCCAGACGGAGAACUUUGGAACAAUGGUAUCAGAUGGCCCCAUCUACAGCACCAUCGACUCUGCCAGUGAUGAAAUGCGCACAUUCAAUGGGGCAUUCCCACCUCAGCAGACCACAUUAUAUGCCAGCACGCCUGUGGUGCCACUUGGUGUUCAGAACCAAUACACAACGGACCCUGUCAAUGGGCACUGGGGUCUUCAGCCCGGACCUUCCAAUGCCCAGUACUCACAGCCCGAACGUGGGAGGUUAGAAGCUGGUGGGAAAUCUGGGAAGCAGAAAUUAAAUGCCAAGCCAGUGAAAGCUCCACCCAUGAACUGGACAGAUUUACUCCCACCCCCUCCACCCAGUGUUGACAUUGAUUCGUAUGAGGAUGAAGAAGAGUUGGAGUAUGGCCCUAGUGCUGACGAAUGGUGUCCUCCGCUCCCUGAGAGAACCUACUUGGUGGAAGGCUCCCAUGACGAUGAAGGCCCACCCCCACCACCUCGUGGAGAGGCAUCAUCCCCAGCUACUUCAUACGGGCAGCAAUCCACCGCAACGCUGACCCCCUCCCCUCGGGAAGAGGCACGAUUGACCAGCCAUAAUGUCACUGAGGACAUCCCAAGGCUGCAUCAGUUUGAGAUACCACAUUUACCCCGGCGACUCCCAGUUGGACCAGUCCCUCUGCCCAGACCGCCAACCCCUCCACCAUCACAGAACAGCCAAAGCAUGAAUGGGACUGAAGACGCUGUCACGGAAUCUGCUGCUCCCCAUCGGUACGGACAUAGACGCAACCUGAGCCAGACACCAGCAAUAAGCACUGAGAACGUCAGUGUACCUGGAACAGGGAAGACGAGACAUACUCCAGUGAUGGGGAGUAGCAGCAUGAACACCCCACCCAGCCAGAAAGCUCGGGCCAAAAAGAAAACCAAGCCGAAUCAGUACCGCCGUGAUCUCUCUCAAGGCGACCUGCCACCACCUCCUGAACCUCCCCCAGCUGAUGGAAUUGUGGAGACCCCUUACCUACAGCCCACUGGACUGGAGAGCAGCCUGACCUCACUGGACCAUGAUGGCAGUGCCUCAUCCACAGAGAGGAGGGCAUCAGCCGACCAGCGAACAGAGAGUGCGCAUUCUCACAACAGAGCAGCUUCGGCACGACACAAACAUGAGGAUGACUUGAUACCGUACAGUAAACCCACCUUCCUGCAACGGGGUCAAGUGUCGAGUAAUUGCUCCACAACAGGAAGCUCAUCAUCCAGAGGUUCAACAGGGUCACGGGGUCACCUAGCAGGACGAGGCAAAGGAGCUGGUGUCGACCGUAGUGAGGAGAAGAGAUGAACUGAAGACAGGAAUGUGGAGAAGAACCAGACAGUAGGUGAGGCCUCUGACAGAGGCACCACCCACUCUCCUUUCACUCAGCCUUGUACAGAUGAUUUGCCUUGUACGAAAAGAUUAAAAUUUCAAAAAAUGGAAAA